CUGAUCAACUGAUAAUGCUGAUCUUGAUAUCCCUGGGAGCAGUUUUUCUUAUUCUGUCUGUCAGCACAAUUAUCUGCUACAGACAAUGGGCAUGCAUCAAGCACAAAGUCUGUCCUCCAAUCCCAAAACCAGUGCUGACUGAAAAGUGGCUGGCAUCACCGGAUGAACAUACAGUUCGUCAUCUUCCCUUUGAUCAGAGUUACUACAGUGAGGUCUUGGAUGUUCCUGAACUACAUGAUAAAUUCAGACCACCACAGCCUGUUGUUGGCCAGGACUACAUGCCUUUUACCUUCUCUCAGACUCCCAAAGGUUACUACAAUAAGCCUCUGAAGAAACUCCAGCCAUGCCUUACUUUACCCACUACAGGCCUCACAUCUCAGCCAGGCUUGCCAUCUUUUCCAAUUAAUGAUGUGUUUCCUAACCCUUCAUAUAACCUGAUAGUACAGGACCAGGAGUCACAAUCACAUCCCGAGAUCCAGGAGGGGAUGCCUAUAAUUGAUAGUGAAUGCCAGCCACAAAGUCCUGAAGAGACCUUUACCACAACUGAGUUAGAGGAGGAACCAGACAGUCCCAUUUCCUGUGCGUCCACAUACAUUUUGUUACCACAGAAAACUUCCAAAUAGCGGCUGCAUGUGUGAACACGUUUAAGCCUUGCACACGUACUUGAAGAGACCUUAACUACAUCAUGGAACACAAGCUGCCCUCAUCCACACAGUGACCCGCUAGAUGUUCAAAGGAGCUCUACUGUUUUCAUGUUUUGCUUCAAUUAAAAGCAUGCAAUACAUUUUAGUUCAGUUCUGUACAUUGGUGGUGUUGUGGUGCUAGUUAGCACUGUCACCUUGUUGCAGGAAGGUUGUGCGUUCAAAUCACCUGUCAACCAUUUCUCACGAGAGGAAAAUAUGUGAUUCCUUACUGGUUACAGCUGUGUCACUUUGGCCAGCGGUCAGUUGUGGAUUUAAAGAGACGACAGCAGGCUCGAAUAAAACGUAACACCAACACACUAACCAACACCUACAACUGCAGCUGGCUUCCUUUUAUACUCGCUUCACGUGAGACCACCCAGAUCUGGGGUAAGAAACAAAUGAAGAAAAUACACAUCCACAUUCAAUUCAAUUUUAUUUAUA